AUGAGGCUAACGUGCCCCCUUCUCCUCGCCGUCGCGGCAACAGCUGCUGCGGAUGAGCACACCCUCGGACGGCAGGGGCCAAGGGCAAGGCCCAGGCCGCGGGCGGACACGACCAAUUUGCCCAUCACGCGCGAUGGCUCGACGCUGCUGCUCAACGGGGAGCCAUGGAAGGCGGUGGGACCGAACGUGUACUGGCUAGGCCUGGACGAGAACGUGAUCCCGCCCGCGGGGGAGCCCUUCUACGGCCCGUCGAACGCGAGCUACCCGACCAAGAGGCGCACCACCGAAGUCAUGGCCAUCGUCAGGGCGCUGGGCGGGACGGCGAUCCGCGCGCACACAUUGGGCGUGAGCACGGGGAACCCGCUGAGCGUGUGGCCCGAGGAGGGCGUGGUCAACGAGCAGGCGUUCGAGAGCAUCGACUGGGCCGUCUCCCAGGCGCGGGCGUAUGGCCUGCGGCUGAUGGUUCCGCUGACUGAUAACUAUGACUACUACCACGGGGGCAAGUACAACUUCCUGCGCUGGGCGGGGUUCAACCUCACGCAGUCAGCCGACGCCAACAACCCGCAAAUACAGCAGUUCUAUACGAAUGCCACCAUCGUGGACACCUUCAAGGAGUACGUACACACCCUGCUGAUGCACGUCAACCCGCAUACCAACCUGACGUAUGCUGAGGACCCCACAAUAUUCGCGUUCGAGAGCGGGAACGAGCUCGCGGGCCCCGUCUGGGGGGACAUGGACGUGCCCGCCGAGUGGCUUGAGGACAUCGCCGACUACGUGAAGAGCCUGGCGCCCGAGAAGCUGUUUGUCGACGGCACGUAUGGCGUGAACCAGACGCACCUGGGACUUGAGGACGUGGACAUAUUCUCGGACCAUUUCUACCCGGUUGAUACCGCGAAGCUGCAGAAGGGUUUGGACCUGGUGGCCUCGGUGAACAAGAGCUACUUUGCCGGCGAGUAUGACUGGGUCGGGUCCGCGGACGACGGUGUCACACCCAGGGGCGACUCCCUGGCCGACUGGUUCAAGGUGAUCGGGCAGAGCCAGGUGGCUGUUGGGGACGCCUUCUGGAGCCUGUUCGGCCACAACGUGCCUGAUUGCACCGCCUUUGUGAACCACACCGACGGUUUCACGCUGCAGUAUGGUAACCCUGCGAACUCGGACUACACGGACAGUCGUAUUCAGCUUAUACGCCAGCAUUUCGUUAAGCUGAGCCAGCGGCAGGACAUCAGCGCAGAUGCUGACCUGCCCGUGGUGGCGUGCCCAGCUUCACCGGACGGAGGGAGUCGUCUUCUUAAAUGGUAG